AUGGAUGAUGUGGCAAUUCAAGAAGGUGAGAGAUGGAUAGUGGUUGCUGCGUGUGGGUCCGAUUCGGUCAGGCAUUUGCGUGAGCUCUGUGAACAUCUGCGUGGUUUAGGGAGAUUGGGCCAUCGUCCGGUUAAUGUUGCGGUUGUGUGUACAAAAUCUGCUCUACAAAGCCUUAACUGGCCUCCCGUUUCUGCACGUGGGUUCAAGUUUUACACAGACGAUGAGCUCUUGAAAUCUAUGGGUCCCGACAAGUUAAAUUUUCCCCCCUUCUUUGGGACACUUUGGAAUCAAGCGGCUUGCUUAGUCGUUGCCCCAUUAUCGGCAAAUACAAUGGCUAAGGUAUCAAAUGGGAUGUGUGACAACCUGCUGACAUCUUUUGUAAAAUCGUGGCCUUGCGAAGGGGAACUACGCAGGCCCAUUAUCUUCUGCCCGGACGUGGGGGAAGGCAUGUGGGCCCACCCGGUAACUCAGCAACAGGUUGACACAUUGCAGGAAUGGGGUUUCGUGGUAAAACCCCAAGGCAGUGGCUUGAUGGCCGAUGUCGAGAUUAUUGCUCGACUUGUGGGGCAAGUCAUGGGAUGGAAUGAUUGA